CACUCGUAUUUCUGACAGUCCGUGAAGGCAGCUGAUCGAGAGGAAGGAUCCACCGUUAACGUUGCUGCUGCUCGCGCUAACAAACGACGUUCCGCGCGCUCCAGCCUUGUCAACAUGGUCGCCAACGGUUAUUCAGGCCGUGUUCCGUUCGAUCCCCGCCUCGUAGCUUCCUCACAGCCGCGUUAACGCAUUCCCAAAUGGAGUCAUUCAACGAGCCCAGCUAGCCUCGCCGCGGACAUUGUUUUCCUCGUAGCCCCAGUCGGCUAACCCCAGUCGUGGUGUUUAAGCGAACAUGGCGAUUGUGUCUGGCUCCUGCGCCAGGGUGAACGGCUCCAGAAACGGGCCGUCGGUGUCUGCUGGGGCAGCGGCGGCGACGACCUCUGGGUCGGUGGGGCAGUCUCAGCCCAUGAUAGCGGUGUGGGAGUGGCAGGACGACCUGGGCUACUGGCGGCCCUACAGCGGCCAGGUUAGCGCCUACAUCGAGCGGUGUCUGUCGCCGCGCGGCCACCGCGGAGGCGGGGGAGGAGGAACCGGCGCGACGAGCAUCUGCCUCGGCCAGUCGGACCCCAGCCUGUCGCCCUACCUCAUUGACAUCCCGACCCUGAAGCAGUUCCGACAGGACACAGGGAAGACGCGCUCGGUGCGCCGGUCCUUGUUCGCCCAGUCCUCCGGCCUCGGCAGCGGCGUCUACUGGGAAUGGGCCAACGACGAGGGAAGCUGGACGCCGUAUGAGACGCGGACGUCGAUCCUCCUGGAGCACAGCUACCAAGCCCGCCAGGGCACAGCGGACCUGGGCCCCCACGGCUACAACUACAUCGUGGACCUGACGUCUCUGGCCCAGGUCAACAAGUCGACGGGCUUCCGGCGGCAGGUGCGGCGCCAGUGCAACCUGCCGUACCCGCUGGCCUCCGCGGGGCCCCCGGCCAUCCCCUCUUCCCUGGCCUGCUCCUGCCAGCAGUGCCUGAGCCACAGCAGCACAGGACCCAUGCCCAGCCGCUCGCGCCAUUCCUUCUCCUCCAGCAGCCUGAACCGGCCCAGCCUCCAAGGGGCCGGCAGGGUCGCCGCCGCUCACCCCACUUCUGUGUACUCUCCCUACCCCAGAAGGCCGCUCUCUGUGGGGGGGAUGUCCUGGGGCAGCCCCUGGCCCCCGCCGCCCUUAGCCGGCCAGAUGCCUCCGCCUCACCUGAGCGGCUCCUCGGCCGCCAACGGGCUAAGUGUUCCUUCCAUCUCUGUGCAGCUGAACGGGUCCACCAGCGUGAGCUCUGCCCUGGCAGGCAUGGCCUCCAUUUUGAUGUCAGCGGUGGGACUCGGCGUGCACUUCACCUCCGCCCCCCUCCCUCAGCAGCAGCAGCAGCAGCAUCAUCAUCAGCAGCAGCAACCUGCUCCUUUCGCUCUUCCUCCUCCUCCUCCUCUCCUCCCCACAGCCAGCAGGCCCCCCCACAGCAGCAGCAGCAGCAGCAGUUCAGUUAGGAGAGCAAAGAGGCAGCACAGGAGAGCGUCGGCGCAGAGAUCCGAGGACGUGAUCCAGCGCUACAUGGAGGUGGUGGCAGAGCUGCCGGAGGAGGACUGCAUCAUCUGCAUGGAUCAGCUGUCCAACCCGUCCGGCUACGAGCUGCCGUCCUCCGAGGACGGAGGCCAGAGCAUACAGCCGGAGGCCGUGGGGAAGUUCAUCAAAUGCGGACACACCCUGCACAUGCUCUGCAUGCUGGCCAUGUACAACAACGGCACCAAGGACGGCAGCUUGCAGUGUCCGUCCUGCAAAACGAUCUACGGCGAGAAGACCGGCACGCAGCCCAAAGGCAAGAUGGAGAUCUACAGCGUGGCUCAGUCGCUGCCGGGACACCCCGACUGUGGCACCAUCCAGAUCAUCUACAGCAUCCCGCCUGGGAUCCAGGGCCCGGAGCAUCCCACCCCAGGACAGCCGUACACCUGCAGGGGCUUCCCUCGCUUCUGUUUCCUGCCUGACAACGACAAGGGCAGAAAGGUCCUGGAGCUGCUGAAGGUGGCGUGGAUGCGGCGGCUCAUCUUCACCGUGGGCACGUCCAGCACCACCGGGGAGCACGACACGGUGGUGUGGAACGGCAUCCACCACAAAACCGAGAUGAUGUCCAACCUGUCGGGCCACGGCUACCCCGACCCCAACUACCUGGACAACGUCCUGUCUGAGCUGGCCUCGCAGGGCGUGACCGAGGACUGCCUCAAACCUCCAGCAGGCAGCAGCUAGGUCACAGCUGGCAGCUCCUCCCAUUUCCACGCCGCUGCAAAACCUCCAGCUCAGAGUCCAGCAGGUUUCCCAGGAAUGGAGGGAGAGAAACCGAGGAGCCGCCUGGGUCACACGCUGCUGCAUUUCUGAGCAAACAUGGAAAAAUGGAGGGAAGAAAAUAAAAAUCCAGCCCCAUCUCAGUCAAACCUCCAACGCACUGGAAAACUAGUGAUUUAUUUUAAUUUUUUCUCGUUUUUUUUUUUUUUUUUUCCGGUUCCAGCAGCGUCAUUAUCCUCGUUUUCCAGCUGCUGCAAGAAGUGGAACUCACUCUGGGAAUGAAAAUGUCAUGAAGCACUUUAGCUCUUACAGUAAAUUCAGCUGACCUGAUUUUUAUUUUUUUUAUUUUUAUUUUUUUGUUCCUUACAGGCCAGUUAAGCCGUCAUCAAACUGGGAACACGUGCAGUUUCAUCUGAAACACUAAACUCCAAGUAGCAACGUCAGUAUCAUGAACAGAUUUGAUGAGAAGAGGCAAUACUUCACUGUUGUAAAUACAAAUAUGAAUGCGUCAAAAAAUAUGAAAAAAAAAAAAUGCCAUAAAGUUGUGUUUUUUUCCCGUUAUUAUUUAGGCAUCUUCUAUUUAAAGCCUUCAAACCGGGAGUGGCUGUUCAUGUCAUUUAAUGUUACAGUUGCUGUGUGAGGGAGAACCACAGCCCCAUGAACUCAAGUUCUUUUAUCACCUUUUAGGACAAAAUAAUAAUUAAAAAAA